CUCACCGAUGCCUGGUCUCUGAACGCAUACGCUGACUCUAUGUUCUCGCAAUAAUGUCGCUGCAGAAAGACAAAUACUACUGGGCCCAGCUACGCGCCGCCCUGACAGCCGGAUCGUGGGGCGCGACCUUUCCUGCAAAAUCGCCUCGGGGCGAGGCGCUGUCAUGGUCCGAGCUCCUCAGGAAGUUCAAGAAGCAUUGCCGGGGGUACGACGGCUAUGAAGAGGUCUUCGAAGUGGCCAGCCAGACGCAGGCCUUGGCGCUGUUGGUUGCGGCGGGAACCGAUCUUAGCGAGGAUGGGUUAGAUGGGGAUGCUGAGGGCUUGUAUCUCGGCGACGAAUGUGUGCUUGCGGAGGAGAGGAGGGAGGAGGCUCGCACCAGUUAUGACGUGCUCAAAAACCUGAACGGAACAAAGAGCGAUUCCGUGAAGGUCUUGUUAGCCUACUAUGCGUACGCUCUAUCCAGACCCUCUGAAUGCCUUCAGUACCUUUCGGAAGCCUCGACCCUUGCGAACGGGGACAUGCACCUGCCCCAGUCGUCUUCAUCCGCUACCAACGUCGGGACCCAGCGAUCCACGAUCACGGCAUCUACACUCGCCGUUCCAGGCCAACCUUCGUCCACGCGUAGCGAGACGCCUUCGUCUUCGCGCACGACCACCAGCUGGGUCUCCCAUCCAGACCCGACGUCUCAAGUAUCACCCUAUAUUGCCGAUGGGCGCUCUUGGAUUCAAGUCGAGGUUAUCCGGAGUAUAUGCUUGGAGGGCAUGUCCAACGAAAAGCUUACUCAGGGAACAUCACCAUCCACCACGGCCCUCCAGUCAUACAUGAAAGCCCUACCGAUAAUAUCCUCCACAGUAAACGAUCUCCCCCGUCCGUACCCUGCACCAUCAGUCGCUUCAGUGCCUUCCGGCCCAGGAAAACUGGAUUUUGCCUCUUUCAUCAAAUACCGCGAGCUGUGGCGGUGGACGGAACGUCUCCUCUGGCGUGCCAUCGUCCUCGUCUCUCUUCUUCUAAGCCAGCCAACGGCGGACGAUACUUCGGAGCAAGACCGAUUAUGGACUCUACUGCAGCAGUAUCAGCAAUGCGCCUCGCACUGGCCGCCGACGUUCCGCCCUUUGCAUAGAUCCACCAUAUAUACCCUACACAUCCGUGCCUUGAUUCUCGCUGCCCCUUCGACAUCACUCAACGCACCCUUCAAUAGCGUGCCGACGCCGAAAACCCCAGCGUGGCUACCCCGCGCACGCUCCGUGAUACAGGAGUACAGGGCCGUGCUGGACGUGUCCACCACGUUCCCGAAGGCGGGGGAGAAGAACACAAAAGUAGAGGAGCUCGUCGAUCUGUCCGUGGCCGUCUGGGAAGCGAGCGGCGGUGUCGGAGAGUACGCUGGAUGGGUCAUCGACAUCCUAUGGUGGGCGACCCGCCUCACCUUCAACUCGCACCGCAUAUACCGGCACAUGUCGCGCCUGCUGUACGCCGCGGGCGACGUGGACCUUGCGCGGCGCUUUCUCGGGCUCUACGCUCAGGUCGUCUCCAAGGCGCGCGAGACGAUCGCGGCGGAGGAGCAGCAGAAGAACGAGGACAUCGCGCAUGGCGUGCACGAAAUCGGCGUUCAAGGCGUGGAGGCGCGCGACCCGCACGAUAAAUCCCCGAAGGUGGAGAUGGACCUGGACGGCGACAACGACGAGGACUGGGUGCGGACGCUCGUCGCUGGGGCACGGAUGCUGUGUCGGCUGGCGGAAGAGAAGGGGAGGGGGCGGCUUGUCGGUGGGGGAGCGGGCGUGGGUGGCGACGGGCGUCAGGAGGUGCGAGAGGCGGCGCGGUACAUCGCGAAGGCGAGGGAAACGUUGAACGCGAAAGAGGACGAAUCAGAGCUGUGGAAAGAGCUGCGGGCAAGUGUGGAUCUGGCUGAAGGCGUUUGCGAAGCCGUCUCCGCUAAUAAAGAAAACGAUCCCGGUGUUCGAGGGGACCGUCUCGCUCGCUCACGGGCCCUCCUGGAGUCGUCGGUCUUGACCCACCCUACAGCGACGGCUCAUCAUCACCUCGCGCUCGCGCUGUCGCGGCCCGCGCCAUCACUCGACUUCGCCCGAGCUAUCGAGCACGCACGCGUUGCAGUGGAAGAGGACCCCGGAGAGAUCCGACACUGGCACUUGCUCGGAUUGCUGCUGACGGCAACUGGCGACUGGAGAGGCGCGAAAGGCGUACUGGAGGUGGGUAGCGGCAUCGGCGAGCCAGAUACGGACGACGCAAACGGUGAAGAGAUCGUCACCAACGGGGACACGAGCACCAUCGUCGCGCACGACUUCUCCGGCGCUGGCGUCCUGUAUCCGAAUGGCUCGUCGAAUGGCGAAGUGACGCCGACGGCACCCACUCCGACCGCCACAACCGUCCCCGGUCCAGAGUCAUUACCACCCGCACCGGGACAUCGUUUGUCCCUCUUGCUCGAUUAUAAGAGCUUUUCUGUACCUCCUGCAUCCUCUCUCCUUCCACCACGGCCAGAUAGACCCCGGCCAUCACGCCAACAAUGCUUCGAGUACGCACUGCAGCUCCGCAUGACACAGCUUGCGCUAUCCGAACACGUCGAAGGGCCUGAAGGCGCCGAGCCCAAAUCCGUGGAGGUUUUUGCAUGGGUGGCGGAGCACAACACGGGAGGCACCAGCUCGAACGCGGGAAGCGAGGCCGGCGGCAGGAGGGCUCCCGGGGGCGAAUCCCGCGACGGCCAUGGCGGGUCGCAGCAGAGCUAUUCCAACUCGCCCGCGCUGGGCCCUCGCCGAUCGGUUGACAUGGAUCAGAUCAACCACACCACGCCUCUGUCCCUUUCACCGGCCGCACAGCCGGUUCCGAUACCCAUCACGGUCAGCCCCGCCUCCCCUGACUCCCAUACCGACGUGUUCCCGUUCAACCUCCGAGAACAGUCGUCGCUGAGUAGCGUCACCGAGUCCGUUUCUGACAAAACUGUGGACGGAGGUGGAGGCGUGGGCUCAAGGGGCAAGAAGGUGCAGAGGAUGUUAAAGCAGAGGGUGAACAAAGGCCAGGAGAGGAUCACGACGAUAUCUCGGAAGAUCGGCAGCGGAGUGGUCAGGAACGGAAGUGUGAGGCUGAGGAGGACACUCUCUGCCCCAAACUUCACGGAGCAAAAUGGCCAUCGCUUCCAGGCAUCCUCCAUACACUCGCGACGCUACUUCGCGCCGUCGAUCCUGCAGCAAGAUCCAUCGCACACUGACUUACCCCUACCGCACAACCCAUCCCCGAUACCACCUUUGCAAACAGCGACCAAGCCCAACGACCGCGGGGCCAGGAAUCGCCGCCUGCUCUCGGACCUAUGGCUCAUGUCGGCAGCGACAUUCCGGAGGCUCAGCAAAAUCGAGCAGGCAAGGGGAGCGAUACAGGAGGCAGAAGUUCAGGACGAGAACAACCCGGCGGUGUGGGUUCAGCUGGGAUUGUAUUAUAUCGCCCUGGGAAGCGAGCGGCGCGCGAAAGAAGCGUUCGGAAAGGCGCUCUUCAUCUCGCCUGACGACGUUUCCGCCAUCGUUCACCUCUGCCGAUUGUACCUUACGUCUGCCGAACGAUCCUCGUCCUUAUCUUCGAAGCCGCCCGCUGCCGACGACGUCGACCUGGCAGCAGGCAUGCUUUCCGAACUGACUCGAGGACCCGGUUGGGAUAUCGCGGAGGCAUGGUACUUCCUCGCCAAAGCAUACGGGAUGCAGGGUCGCAAGGACCGCGAACGCGAGUGUCUGGCGUACGCGCUGGGCCUUUCGGAACACAGGGCAGUGAGGGAUAUGGGGACGGCUGUGGGGUGGUGUCUAUAG